AUGAAUCAGACAACAGUGGAGUUCAUUCUCUUAGGACUCACUAGCAACCACUUUUUGGAGAGCAUCCUAAUUGCUACUCUCUUUGUUGCCUUCCUCCUGAUCCUCCUUGGAAACAUCAUUGUCAUCACCAUCACACUGGUGGACCAACACCUUCACAUCCCCAUGUAUUUCUUCCUCAGGAAUUUCUCCCUGGUGGAAAUCUGCUUCACUUCUUCCUUCAUGCCAAGAACACUCUACAGCCUCCUCACAGGAGUAAAAACAAUUUCCCUCUCUGGAUGUUUCCUACAGUUAUCCCUCUUCUUCAUCCUGGGUAUCUGCACUUUCCUCCAUGUAGCCAUGUCCUUUGACCGCUACAUGGCCAUCUGCCGCCCUUUGCAUUAUGCUGCCUUCAUGAACAACAGGUUUUGUCUCCAGCUGGUGCUUGGCUGCUGGGUGGCAAGUUUUUUCUUGAUGUUCUCCCCACUCACAAUUAUGUUUCAUUUGCCAUUCUGUGGAUCCAACAUCAUCAACCACUUCUACUGUGAUAUAGCGCCAUUGCUCCAGCUGUCCUGCACAGACACAGGCCUCAUUGAGAAAGUAAUGCUAGUGAUAAGUGUUCUAAUAUUACCUGGCACCUUAUCAGUAACUGCUUUUUCCUAUGCCUACAUCAUCCAUACUGUCACACACAUCCAGUCUUCAGCAAGCAGGAAAAAAUCCUUUUCCACAUGCUCUGCUCACCUCAUUGUGGCCACUAUUCUGUACAGCAGCUCCAUCUUCAGGUACAUCUGACCAAGGCAGCGGGGUGGAAGGGACUGUGACAGAGUCGAGUCUUUCCUCUACUGUGUGAUUACUCAGCUAUGUAACCCUUACAUCUACACCCUCCAAAAUGAACAAGUCAAACAGGCCUUGAAAGAUCUGCUAGCAAGGUGUUUUGUAGGCUCUGAUGAUAUUUUGAUAUCCAGAACCACAAAGCAGGGAGUUCAUGUGAAUGACUUCCUAGCAGAGUUCCCAGUACCCUGGGGGCAGGGGGGGUAG